CACUCCCAUAUCUCCAGUGUUAGUGUGGAGGGGGCCCUGCCGCUGCAUGUUUGGACCGAGGACUUGUACAGGAACUUCCCAGGAUGCAUCAGUUGCUCGCAGUGACCUCAGUGCUGGUGGCACUUUGCACAUUAGGGAGUGUGGAUUCAUCCGCCUAUGACAAGAUCGUCACCCACAGCCGCAUACGGGCCAGGAAGGAAGGACCCAACGUUUGCGCCCUGCAGCAGGUCCUGGGAACCAAGAAGAAGUACUUCAGCACCUGCAGGAACUGGUACAAAGGCUCCAUCUGUGGCAAGAAGGCCAUGGUGGUGUACGAGUGCUGCCCUGGCUACAUGAAGCUGGAGGGUAUGAGAGGAUGUCCUGCAGUGGCGCCCAUUGACCAUGUGUACGGAACCCUGGGACUCGUCAAGGCCACAACCACGCGGCAGUACGCAAGCAUGUCCAAGGUGAGAGAAGAAAUCGAAGGCCAGGGUUCCUUCACCAUGUUUGCGCCAAGCGACGAAGCCUGGAAUCUGCUGCUACCUGAAAUGCGCAGCGCUCUGAUUGGUAACGUCAACGUGGAGCUGUACAACGCUCUCCACUUCCACAUGGUCAAUCGUCGUCUUCUCACCAAAGACCUGAAGGAUGGCAUGACUUUAAAGUCCAUGUACACCAGUCAGGAACUCUACAUUAACCACUACUCCAACGGGGUUGUGACGGUAAACUGUGCCAGAAUCAUCCAUGGGAACCAGGUGGCCACAAACGGAGUGGUGCACGUGAUUGACAGGGUCAUCAGUGUCGUCAGCAACACCAUUGGGGACUUCCUGGAGAUGGACCCCGACUUCUCCUCUUUCACUACGGUAGCCUUGACCUCUGAUGUGAUGGACAAGUUGAACCAGCCUGGCCACUUUACACUGUUCGCUCCGACUAACGACGCCUUCAACAAACUGAGCCCAGGAUAUAUGGAGAGAAUCAUGGCCGACAAGGAUGUUAUUGCAGCCUUGGUCAACUACCACCUGCCGAACAGUGUGCAGUGUUCAGAAGCCAUCAUGGCCGGAAUGGAGUACGAGACAGCAGAGGGCAGCAGCAUCCAGAUCGGCUGUGAUGGAGACAGUCUGACGGUCAACGGCAUCAAGAUGGUCCUGAAGAAGGACAUCGUGACCAGCAACGGCGUCAUCCACAUCAUAGACCAGGUCCUCGUCCCCAACUCAGCCAAGGAGGUGAUGGAACUGAUGGGAGACAACCAGAGCGCCUUCACUGACAUGGUGUCUGAACUGGACUUAGCUGAGGCCAUGGGUGCACAGAAAGAGUACACCGUCCUCGCUCCCCUCAACACCGUCUUCACCAAUGAGGUGAUGAGGAUAGACCAGGAUCUGCUCAGGAUCUUUCUGGAAAAUCACUUCCUGAAGCUGAAGAUAACGUUGAGCGAACUCUACAACGGCCAGCUGCUGGAGACACUGGCUGGAAAAAUGCUCAGAGUUUUCAUUUACCGCACUGCGGCCUGCAUUGAAAAUUCUUGUAUGUUGAAAGGCAGUAAAGAAGGAAGUAAUGGAGUAUUUCAUCCCAUGAAUGCCCUCAUUAAACCGGCUGAGAAGAGUAUGUACGAGGUCCUGAUCGCUGACGGACGGUUUAAGAUUUUCCUGUCACUGAUGGAGACUGCAGAACUGACAGAUCUACUGAGGCAAGAAGGAUCGUACACCGCCUUCGCUCCAACCGACGACGCCUUUAGCAGCCUCAGCAGGGAGGACAUGGCUCUGCUCAAAAGUGACCUUAAUGUCCUGAGAACCAUCCUGCUGUACCACUUCAGUAAUGGCAUCUUCAUCAACGGAGGAUUGGAGCGAGGAGUUACCAACCUGCUGAAGACGCUACAGGGCAACAACCUGCAAGUUAUGUCUGUCAACAACUCUAUUCAUGUCAACUCUGUGGAUGUUCCAGACGGCGACCUGAUGGCCACAAACGGUGUGGUCCACGUGGUGAAGAAUGUUCUCUAUCCUGGAGACCUCCCCGUGGGCCGUCAGGACCUCCUGGCCCUGCUGCAGAAACUGAUUAGGUACAUCCAGAUAAAGUUUGUUUCUGGCUAUUCUUACACCGAGAUCCCACUCACCUUCAUCAAGAGGACCUACACUACGACUCAUUACAUCGAGACAGCUCCUGAGAUCAAAAAGGUCACCAGGGUCAUCGGGGGAAAUCCCUCCACAACAAAAGUCACCAGUCAUCAAGUCAUCGAAGGAGAUGCAUCCUUCACCAAGGUCUCCAAGGUCAUCGAAGGAGACCCAAUGAUCACCACAGUAACCAGAAUCAUAGAAACGGAGCCCACUGUCAGGCUGGAGGUGGAGGGAGAGGCUGGGGUCAGGAAAGUCACCAGGGUCAUUGAGGGCAAACCGCCCACCACUAAACUGACCAGAGUUAUUCACGGAGAUCCAACCAAUACCAAGGUCACCAGAGUGAUUGAAGGUGGAGAAUAUGGUUCUGAUGGAAAACGAAUCCGAGGUGGAGGCAGAAUCACCGCGGUGAAAGAGCCUCAUCUCAUUGAGGGGCCAGAUUUCUCCAGAAUCACCACCAUCCACGGCAACCCCAGCCUGGUUAAUGAGGAGUCAGAGAGAAUUACCAAACUCAUUAAAGAGGGGGGGAAAACCAGUGCUGCCAGGAGAGGCCCAGUUGGAGUGAGGAGAACAAGACUGGUCAGGCGUCACCACAAGCCCAGGGUGUGAAUCCAUCAGCGAGAGAUAAAAAAUAAAUGAAACAACUUCCAGCUCACCGCAGAGACUGAAUGCCACCACCAGAGCUCCUGGCUGAGCACUGGAGAACCACCAACAAAAAUUUUUUUGGGAUCCACAGGGAGCAAUUAUAUCAACCUAGCUUUGUCCCAACCAAGCACAACAACUGUUAAAUACCCAGUCUGGGUCUUACUUCUUUUGGCAUGGCAUGAUGUGUAAUAACCAGAUAAUGUCAGUAUAAAACUAUUUUUAAAAAAUCACCUUCAUGUGUGUAAGAAUGCAUGGGAAAAAUGGAGUUACAAGGUUGGGGUAGUAGGUGUGUAAGGUGAGAAAUAUUCUGCCAUAAAGAUAUAUUUGUGAUGUCUGCUUUUUGAAAAGCUUUGGGGAGAUUUCUGUAUGCUUUUUUUCCAUGAAAUGAAUGGUGCUCACAUUCCCCGCAGUGGAUGCUGUUUAAAAAAAUAAAUAAAUACUACUGUGUCAAACAGUAUUUUGCUACCAUACGAUGCUGUAUCAUCCAUCUGUAAAUGAACAAAUGAUAAUUAAAGAAGACAAUCAAUUUUUA